AUGGACUCCUACGCCUCGCUCAUCGCAGCACCCAUGUCGGUCACCCAGAGGAAGUCACUUCUCAAACAGCUGCAGUCCCCCGAGGCAAUAUCAAGUCUCCGCAGGCCAGAGAUUCUCAUGGACUUCUUCACCGACAGCCUUGACAUGAGAGACAUGAGUCUUGCUGUACCGGCGCUACAAGGUCUCUUCGUCCUCAUCACCACCAAGAAUCUCGACUAUCCUGCCUUUUUCUCGAGACUGUACGCUCUUUUGGACAAGGACCUUCUUCACAGCAAGUACCGAUCGCGGGUCCUGCGGCACCUAGAUGUGUUCUUGUCUCCCAUUAACCACCUGCCCGCCGCAACGAUCGCAAGCUUCAUCAAGCGUCUCUCACGCCUCUGUCUCUUCGCACCUCCAGCUGCCAUCGUGGCAAUCAUUCCUUUCAUAUACAACCUUAUCAAAACCCAUCCAACCACAAGCUUCAUGAUCCACCGUCAUCCCUACCCUCCAUACACCAAAUUCAAGCACAACCUGGGCAAUGAUCCUUACGACCCCACCGAACCAGACCCACAACUCACCCACGCCAUCGACAGUUCUCUUUGGGAACUGGAGACCGUGCAGUCCCACUACCACCCGACCGUCGCCAGCAUCGCCCGCAUCAUCUCCGAGCAGUUCACCAAACAGCAGUAUAACCUCGAGGACUUUCUCGACCACGGCUACGCCACUCUGCUUGAGAGCGAGUUGAAGAAGAAAGACAAGAAACCACCUGUCGUCGAGUACAAGAUUCCCAAGAAGAUCUUCAGCGCCGAUGACAGUGACGCCGAGGAGGGCGAACAGAAGAACAUCAAUCACUUAUUGGACAUGUGGGACUUCCAAUGUUGA